AUGAUCCUGUCCGAACAGCCCGACCAGGACGACUUAGCGAGCAACGGCGACAGACCAGCGCACCAUGUCGUACACCCUAUCACCGGCACCCUCACCUUCCGCAAUCCCUGGCCUUCAGCAUCCGCACCCUCCGCGACCGAGUUGCUCUUCGGCGGCGCAUGGCUCGGAUGGCCCAAAUUGCAUCUCGACAAGCAUCCAAAGGCGCGAGAGUUACAGGUUCUCGACCCGGAAGACUGGGGGAGGAACAAGGUCAAGGAGUUGAAGCGCGCAGCGGAGGGACAGGGAAAGGGCAACAAGGUUGGGUUCGCGCGAGCAACGUGGUUGGGACAUGCGGCUGUCUAUGUCCAGCUCCCGCUCGACGUUCCGACCGACCCGCUCUCGGCGCUCAGAAGGAAGAGCGAGAAGGGCGAGGCGGACGAGCAGAAGAUCCGGCGAGGGCGGAACGAGAAAGUCGAGGGCGCGGUGGAUGAGGAGGACCAGUAUGCCGAGGACGAGGAGACGACGCUCAAGUUGCUCUUCGACCCGAUCUUCAGCGAGCGAGCUGGACCGACGAGCUACACCGGACCAGGGCGACUGCGGCCGACGCCUUGCAAGGUGGAGGAUCUGCCGGGCAUUGAUGCGGUCCUGAUCAGCCACAACCACUACGACCACCUCGACCUGAACAGCGUCAGAAGCGUUCUCGAGAAGUGGCCUCGCGUCAAGUUCUUCGUCCCUCUCGGCAACAAGCAAUGGUUCUACGCGAGCGGCGUUCCCCUCUCGCAAAUCCACGAGUGCGACUGGUGGGACGACGUCGACCUCACGCCCUCUGACUUCGGUCUCGUCCCCCCACCUCUAAACUACACGAGCGCGCCGUCGUCGAUCAAUGGAGACCCUCGGAGCGGCGGGACGAGCAGGUCGAUGUCGAUGUCUGUGCCAAGGGAGAAGGAGCGGAUACGGGUGACUUGCGUGCCAGCGCAGCAUAACUCGGGACGCUCGCCGGCGGACCAAGGCUCGACACUUUGGUGCGGCUGGGUCGUCGAGCAUCUGCUCGAGUCGGACGCGCCCAACCCGCCUUUACUCGACAACAACAGCAAGAAUGCCUCGUCUGUCACGAUGUCCACCGAGUCGUUCGUCUCCGCUCCCGACCCGGACGAGGCUGAGCCUUUCAUGGGUGCCGGCGCGACGCUGGUCGAGGAGCCGGAGGAGGAUGACAUGGCCAACUUUGCGGUCGACGAGACUUCGGACGGCGAGGCGGCGGAUACGCCUGUACCGACUGGGCAGAAGCCGCGAGUGCAGCUCGUCCCGCCGUCGGAUCCGAAUUCGCCAGCUCUUACGCCUGUCAUUUCGUCCGCUUCCGUCUCAGCAGCGUCGGAGAGUACCGACGCCUCGAUGUCGUCAAGCUCCCUAUCCGCCUCGCAAACCUCGACAAGACGCGAGAUCUCCCCCUCCCGACGAGGCUCGAUGACGCAGCUCCUUCAACGCUCGUCGUCCUUCUCGCAAACCCUUCGACGGCGCCUCUCCUCUGCUUCUCGCAGCGACGGGACUGAGCGACCCCCGUCUCGCACGGCGUCGUUCUCUGCUCCGCCGCUGUCAAGGUCGAGUAGUUUGCGAAUUGCGCGAGACCGGCAGCGCGAGCGUGAGGUGGCAUCAACGUCCACGAGCGGCGCGUCGACACCCGGCGACAGCGACGACGGUUCUGGCCAGUCUCCCUUACCCGUCGAGCCGGCGUUGAAGAGCACCGAGGAAGAGGAGGAAGAGCGGCGAACGAAGGCGGAGGAGAAGGCGAGAGAGGUUGCUGCGAAGGCUGAGCGGGCGGAGAAGGAGGCUGGAAGAGCAGUUCAUGAGGGAAGGUGGACGAAGAGGAUCUUGAGGAGGGGAGCGGUUUACCAUGCCGGCCCCCCCCCCCGCCGUGCCGCCCAUCCCGUCUGUCCCGCAUUCGACGAGAUAGGCCUCAAGUACGGUCCGUUCGACCUUGCAUUUGUGCCGAUCUGGCGAGGCGGGAGUCUUGGUUUCGUUAGCGCGAUUGGCUUGCGGCUACACCACGAGAACAUCUCGAGUGCGGUGCAUGGCUCGCCUGCCGACGCCGUCGACAUCCACCUCGACGUGCGAAGCCGGAAUACGAUUGGCAUGCACUUCGGCACUUUCGUUGGCUCAGAGACCGAGUCGCUCGAGGCGAUUAUCGAGCUACACGAAGCGGUCGAGGAGGCGGGUGUCAAGGCCUUGGACGACCCGAACGAGGACGAGCUAGGCAGGAUGGGGGUGAUAGAUAUCGGGGAGACGUGGUGUGUAGAGAUCCACAACUUGCUCAUCGUGUCCUAG